GCCGGGACCGUUGGAGCGCGGCGGCGGCUGAGGCUGAGGCGGCUGAGGCGGCCCGGCCGCCCCGGAGCUGCGGCGGCCCCGGCAGCGCCUCAGGUUAUGGUUUAAAUGUCUGAAGAAGGAAGUGAGUCCAGGAAAGUGGAAGUUUCCCUGAGAGACUUCUCAGUGUGAUUCAGAAUGAUUGAGGAGAGUGGGAAGAGGAGGAGGACCAUGGCAGAGAAGAGGCAGCUGUUCAUGGAAAUGAGAGCGCAGAACUUUGACGUGAUCCGGCUCUCCACGUACCGAACGGCCUGCAAGCUGCGCUUCGUGCAGAAGAGGUGCAACCUUCACCUUGUGGAUAUCUGGAAUAUGAUUGAAGCCUUCCGAGAUAACGGGCUGAACACUUUGGAUCCCGGCACGGAGAUCAGCGUGUCCCGCCUGGAGACCAUCAUCUCCUCCAUCUACUACCAGCUCAACAAGCGCCUGCCCUCCACCCACCAGAUCAGCGUGGAGCAGUCCAUCAGCCUGCUGCUCAACUUCAUCAUAGCAGCCUACGACAGUGAGGGCCAUGGGAAGCUGACAGUGUUCUCAGUGAAAGCCAUGCUGGCCACCAUGUGUGGGGGGAAGAUCCUGGACAAGCUCAGAUAUAUUUUCUCUCAGAUCUCAGAUUCCAACGGGCUGAUGAUUUUCACCAAGUUUGACCAGUUCUUGCGGGAGGUGCUGAAGCUGCCCACGGCCGUGUUCGAGGGGCCCUCCUUCGGCUACACGGAGCAGGCGCUGCGCACCUGCUUCCCCCAGCAGAAGAAGGUGAUGCUGAACAUGUUCCUGGACACCCUGAUGGCUGAUCCUCCUCCCCAGUGCCUUGUGUGGCUGCCCCUCAUGCACAGACUGGCCCAUGUUGAAAAUGUCUUCCACCCCGUGGAGUGCUCGUACUGCCACUGUGAGAGCAUGAUGGGCUUCAGGUACCGCUGCCAGCAGUGCCACAACUACCAGCUGUGCCAGAACUGCUUCUGGAGGGGCCAUGCCAGUGGCACCCACAGCAACCAGCACCAGAUGAAGGAGCACUCCUCCUGGAAAUCCCCAGCCAAGAAGCUGAGCCAGGCCAUCAGCAGGUCCCUGGGCUGCGUGCCCAGCCGGGAGGCGCCGCGGCCGCUGCUGCCCGAGCUGCCCGAGAGACCCCUGCAGCUGGGCCAGCUCCUCCCCCCCAGACCUGUGAGUAACAUGAACGAGGCCAUGGUGACCCACGUGUCCUCUGGAGCACCCACCCCAACCAAAAGGUGCCCGCCCAGCCCCGGCCCCUCCCGGCAGGAGGAGCACGCCCGGAUCCGGUCCCUGGUGCUGCGGCUGCGGAGCGGGGCGGGUGCCCUGGACAGCCCGGGCCGGCUGGACGAGGAGCACCGUUUGAUCGCUCGCUACGCCGCCCGCCUGGCAGCCGAGGCUGGCAGUGCUGUGAGUCCCCGCCCCCCAGGUGACCUGGGCUUUAGCUUUGAUGCCAACAAGCAGCAGAGGCAGCUGAUAGCAGAGCUGGAGAACAAGAACAGGGAGAUCCUGCAGGAGAUCCAGCGGCUGCGGCUGGAGCACGAGCAAGCCUCGCAGCCCACGCCCGAGAAGGCUCAGCACAACCCCACCCUGCUGGCCGAGCUGCGCCUGCUGCGGCAGAGGAAGGAUGAGCUGGAGCAGAGGAUGUCAGCCCUGCAGGAGAGCAGAAGAGAGCUGAUGGUGCAGCUGGAGGGGCUGAUGAAGCUGCUCAAAGAAGAAGAGCAAAAGCAGGCAGCCGCCGGCCCGGCCCCGCCCUCGCCGCCCCAGGGCCGCCCCCCGGCCGCUCCGUCCCGCCCGGGCUCCGCCGGCUGCUCCCCGAGCCACGGCACCCCCGAGAGCCCGCCCGGCCCGGGGGGGGACAGCGCCGAGCCCCGGGGGCCAGGCCCGAGGAGGAGCCUCCGCAAUGAGCUGCUGGUGGCAGCGGAUUCCAUCACCAGCACCGUGUCCUCGCUGGUGAAGGAGCUGCACUCAGCAGAGGAAGAAGAUGAAGAAGAAACAGAGAAGCUGCAGAAUGGGAAGGACCGAGGUUAGGAGGGGCCUCAGGCUGGACAGCAGCUCAGGCUCGGAGGGUGUGUUUGCCAUCGAGGGACGUCUCCCCCUCCGGCAGAGGCAGUUCCAGCCCACCCAUCAGCACCGAUCUCCAGCGCCGGCAGCGCUGCGGAGCCCCCCGGACCCUGCGGUGCCCCCCGGACCCUGCGGUGCCCCAGGCCAUUGCAUGUCCCCUCGGAGUGUCCCUGCGGCCGCCAGGGCCGUCCCGCCCGGCUCGGAGCCCGGGAGGCCGGCAGGACACCGCCGGUGGCUGCUCUGUCCCGCUGCUCCUGCCCGCUGCCCCCCUCUGCAUGGAACAGGGGAUUCAGCCUGGAAAUCCCACCUGCAGCCAGCUGGCUCAGGUGACAGGGCCACCGGCCCCGGGAUUGCCACCUGGCCUGGAACCUUCCCAUGCCCGGCCGGGAAUUGAGGGAGGAGCGUGGCCAGGCUGAGAGCAGCAUCGGCACCCGGAGCUGGGCUCGGUCUGGGUGGGAACUGGGGGAAUUCAGCCCAAAACUCGGCCCCAGCCCAGCCAGGGGUGGCUGCAGCACCUUCCCGGGGUGCUUGGCCGCGCUUCAGUGGAAGGAGCCCUGAGGGGCUGGAAAUGUUUGUGGAGGGUGAUGGAGGAAAGGAGCAGAAACCCCGCGGGCACCCCCGGCUCUGCCCCCUCCCCACACCUAGGGACAGGGACAAUAAACACCCUGGUGGCCACAAUAAACACCCUGGUGGCCACAGGCUCGGCUCAUGGAAAUGUGGGGAACGAGGAGGGGAGGGGAGCCCUGAGAACCUGGAGAGAGGCAGCAGCUCCAGCUGGGAAAGGGGGACAGGGAUGGGGACAAGGACUGGGAUGGGGACAAGGACAGGGAUGGGGAUGGAGAUGGGAAAAGAUGGGAAUGGGAAUAAGGAUGGAUGGGGAGAGGGAUGGGGAUAAGGGCAGGGAUGGGGAGAGAUGGAGAUGAAGAUGGGAAUAAAACAGGGAUAGAGAGAGGGAUGCAGACAGGAAUGGGAUGGGGAUGGAGAUGGGGAUGAGGAUGGGGAGAUGGGGACCAGGACAGAGACAAGGACAACUUGAUGUGGUUUUCAGCUGAAUUUGCUGCAUUCAGGCAUGCAGCAUCUUUGGCUGUGUCGUGGCUCCAAGCACAGAAAAUGGGGAUGUUUUCCUGAUGGCCCAGCUGAGGGGUGGUGGCCACCAGGAUCUGGGGGUGUCACAGCUGCACAGGGGUCCCCCAAGCAGAGCUGAGAGGGGCUGGGGGCUCUCCCAGAGCUGGGUCAGCACCAGAGCUGGUGGCACUGCCAGGGCAGGGACGGUGGCACAGCAGAGCUGGGGCACCUGGGCUCGGUGGAAAACCUGGGAUCCAUCACCUGGGAAGGAUGGAAGGAUGCUGCAGGGCCUCCCCAGCACCCCCUGACACCGAGGGGAGCGGGAUUGGGGUGCCCAGGGAAUUCUGUCGUGGCAUCACCCAAGGGUGUCACUUAGGGAGGUAAUUAAGCCCCUUUUUAAUUGCCCCGGGGCUGAACACAGGUGGGGCAGAGCCACGGGGCUCACCCAGCUGCACCGAGACCGGAUUGCCAUUUCCAUUCCCUGGGGCGAAACCAGCGCGAAGGAAAACGCGCCUAAAGGCAUUUCCAUUGUCCCGUGGGCUGGCCGGGGCAGCGCCGCGUCCCGCACUGCCACCCCCAGCGGGCCCGGGGCAGUGCCCGGGGCAGGGAAUGGCGUGGGAGCCCCCACAGCGGCACAGGGACAGGGACAGGGGCGGCCGUGACCGCUCCGGGCUCCCCAAACCCCGGGGUGUCCCUGGGGCCGCACCAGGCUCCGGUGACAUUCCCGUUCCUGCAGGCACGGGGGGUGCGGCAGCCAGCGGGAUUGGGAGCGGGAUUGUCCCCUGCACCAGGACGGGAUUGUCGCCCGGGAGCAAGAUUGGCCCCGGGACCAGGACAGGAUUGUCCCCCGGAGCGAGAUUGGGAGCAGGAUUGUCCCCUGGACCAGGAUAGGGUUGUCCCCAGGAGCGGGAUUGGGAGCAGGAUUGUCCCCGGGAGCGGGACGGGAGUGUCCCCGGGAGCAGGAUUGUCCCCUGGACCAGGAUAGGGUUGUCCCCAGGAGCGGGAUUGGGAGCAGGAUUGUCCCCGGGAGAGGGACGGGAUCGUCCCCCGGAGCAGGAUCGUCCCCGGGAGCGGCUGGCGAGGCGGCGCUGCAGCCGAUGCCGUAAGCACGGGGAACGAUUCCAGCAGCAGCCUGUGAGCAGGGAGGACAUGUUCUGUCAUCCGCCAAAUAUUUAAUAAAUCCAUCUCCUCCC